GAGUGCAGGCAGGCUGACAAUGAUUUCCUCAGUGAUUACGUACAGAGCGAGUCCCUGCGGGUUAGGGGCCCCCUCUGGAGCCAUCCUGAUGGCUUUGGGGGCCUUGCUUCCAUUUUCCAUUAUUAUGUGGACUACCGGAGCGACAGCGCAGUCCAAGACCUUGCAGGAUGUCUCGCCGCAAGCAAGCGAAACCGAGAUCCCUCAAAGACCCCAACUGUGAACUUGAAGACAAGACUGAAGAUGGAGAGGCAGGGGACUGUAAGAAGAGACCAGAAGAUGGUGAGGAGCUGGAAGACGAAGGCGUGCACAGCUGUGACAGCUGCUUCCAGGUGUUUGAGUCACUGAGCGACAUCACAGAACACAAGAUUAAUCGAUGUCAGCUGACAGAUGGAGUGGAUGUGGAAGAUGACCCCACUUGCUCCUGGCCGGCUUCCUCACCUUCGAGCAAGGACCAGACUUCCCCCAGCCACGGAGAAGGUUGCGAUUUUGGAGAGGAAGAAGGUGGCCCUGGACUCCCUUAUCCAUGCCAAUUCUGUGACAAGUCGUUCAGCCGUCUCAGCUACCUAAAGCACCAUGAGCAGAGUCACAGCGACAAGCUGCCUUUCAAAUGCACUUACUGCAGUAGGCUGUUCAAACACAAGCGGAGCCGAGAUCGCCACAUCAAACUCCACACUGGGGACAAGAAGUACCACUGCAGCGAAUGCGAUGCCGCGUUCUCCAGAAGUGAUCACCUCAAGAUCCACUUAAAGACUCACACGUCCAACAAGCCAUAUAAAUGUGCCAUUUGUCGCCGUGGGUUCCUGUCCUCUAGUUCCUUACACGGACACAUGCAGGUUCACGAAAGGAACAAGGACGGCUCCCAGUCCGGUUCCAGGAUGGAGGACUGGAAGAUGAAGGACACUCAGAAGUGCAGUCAGUGCGAGGAAGGCUUUGACUUCCCGGAAGACCUCCAGAAGCACAUUGCAGAGUGCCACCCUGAGUGCUCCCCGAACGAGGACCGGGCGGCCCUCCAGUGUGUCUACUGCCACGAGCUCUUUGUGGAGGAGACCUCCCUGAUGAACCACAUGGAGCAGAUGCACGGCGGGGAGAAGAAGAACUCCUGCACCAUCUGCUCCGAGAGCUUCCACACCGUCGAGGAACUGUACAGCCACAUGGAUAGUCACCAGCAACCGGAGUCAUGCAACCACAGCAACAGCCCUUCCCUGGUCACGGUGGGCUACACCUCCGUGUCCAGCACGACUCCGGACUCCAACCUCUCAGUGGACAGCUCGACCAUGGUGGAAGCCGCCCCGCCAAUCCCCAAGAGUCGAGGGAGGAAGCGGGCCUCUCAGCAAACCCCGGACAUGACCGUCCCCUCGAGUAAACAGGCAAAAGUCACCUACAGCUGUAUUUACUGCAACAAGCAGUUGUUUUCGAGUCUGGCGGUUCUGCAGAUUCACCUGAAAACUAUGCAUUUAGAUAAGCCAGAGCAGGCCCACAUUUGUCAGUAUUGCUUGGAGGUGUUGCCCUCCCUCUAUAACCUCAAUGAACAUCUUAAGCAAGUGCACGAAGCUCAGGACCCAGGUCUGAUCGUUUCUGCCAUGCCUGCCAUCGUCUACCAGUGCAACUUCUGCUCCGAAGUUGUCAAUGACCUCAACACCCUUCAGGAACACAUCCGAUGUUCUCACGGAUUUGCCAACCCUGCGGCUAAGGACAGCAACGCUUUUUUCUGUCCCCAUUGCUACAUGGGGUUCCUCACUGACUCUUCCCUUGAAGAGCAUAUAAGGCAGGUCCACUGCGACCUCAGUGGCUCCCGAUUUGGGUCUCCAGUGCUCGGGACUCCAAAAGAACCAGUCGUAGAAGUCUAUUCUUGUUCCUAUUGUACGAAUUCUCCAAUAUUCAACAGCGUUCUUAAACUGAACAAGCACAUCAAAGAGAAUCAUAAAAACAUUCCCUUGGCCCUGAAUUAUAUUCACAACGGGAAGAAAUCCAGGGCCUUGAGCCCCCUCUCUCCUGUGGCCAUAGAGCAGACAUCUCUUAAGAUGAUGCAGGCGGUCGGAGGUGCGCCUGCGCGGCCAGCGGGAGAGUAUAUCUGUAAUCAGUGUGGUGCUAAGUACACGUCCCUGGACGGCUUUCAGACUCACCUGAAAACUCAUCUCGACACCGUGCUACCGAAACUGACCUGUCCUCAGUGCAACAAGGAGUUCCCCAACCAAGAAUCCCUGCUGAAGCACGUCACCAUUCAUUUUAUGAUCACCUCCACGUACUACAUCUGCGAGAGUUGUGACAAGCAGUUCACGUCAGUGGACGACCUUCAGAAACACCUGCUGGACAUGCACACCUUCGUCUUCUUCCGCUGCACCCUCUGUCAAGAAGUUUUCGACUCGAAGGUCUCCAUUCAGCUCCACCUGGCCGUGAAGCACAGUAAUGAGAAGAAAGUCUACCGCUGCACGUCCUGCAACUGGGACUUCCGCAACGAGACAGACCUGCAGCUGCACGUGAAGCACAACCACCUGGAGAACCAGGGCAAAGUGCACAAGUGCAUCUUCUGCGGCGAGUCCUUCGGCACCGAGGUGGAGCUGCAGUGCCACAUCACCACCCACAGCAAGAAGUACAACUGCAAGUUCUGCAGCAAAGCCUUCCACGCCAUCAUCCUGCUGGAGAAACACCUGCGGGAGAAGCACUGCGUGUUUGACGCCAAGACGCCUAAUUGCGGCGCCAACGGGGCCUCGGAGCAGGCGCAGAAAGAGGAGGUGGAGCUGCAGACCCUGCUGACCAACAGCCAGGAGUCCCACAACAGCCACGACGGGAGCGAGGAGGACGUGGACACCUCGGAGCCCAUGUACGGCUGUGACAUCUGCGGGGCGGCCUACACCAUGGAGACCCUGCUGCAGAACCACCAGCUGCGGGACCACAACAUCCGGCCCGGGGAGAGCGCCAUCGUGAAGAAGAAAGCCGAGCUCAUCAAAGGCAACUACAAGUGCAACGUGUGCUCUCGAACCUUUUUCUCGGAAAACGGCCUCCGGGAACACAUGCAGACCCACCUGGGCCCCGUCAAACACUACAUGUGCCCCAUCUGUGGGGAGCGCUUCCCCUCCCUCUUGACUCUGACCGAACACAAAGUCACGCACAGUAAGAGCCUCGAUACCGGAAACUGCCGCAUCUGCAAGAUGCCGCUCCAGAGCGAAGAGGAGUUUCUAGAGCAUUGCCAAAUGCACCCCGACCUGAGGAAUUCCCUGACGGGAUUUCGCUGUGUGGUCUGCAUGCAGACGGUGACCUCCACCUUAGAACUCAAAAUCCACGGGACGUUCCACAUGCAAAAGACGGGCAACGGGUCUGCGGUCCAGACCACGGGGCGUGGCCAGCAUGUCCCCAAACUGUACAAGUGCGCGUCCUGCCUCAAGGAAUUCCGUUCCAAGCAAGAUCUGGUGAAACUUGACAUCAACGGCCUGCCAUAUGGUCUGUGUGCCGGCUGCGUGAAUCUCAGUAAGAGCGGGAGCCCGGGCAUCAGCGUCCCUCCCGGCACGAGUAGACCAGGCCUGGGCCAGAAUGAGAACCUGAGUGCCAUGGAGGGUAAGGGCAAGGCCGGGGCGCUGAAGACGCGCUGUUCCAGCUGCAACGUUAAGUUUGAGUCUGAAAGUGAACUCCAGAACCACAUCCAAACGGUCCACCGAGAGCUGGUGGCAGACGGCAACAGCACGCAGUUGAAAACGCCGCAAGUAUCACCCAUGCCCAGAAUCAGCCCCUCCCAGUCGGAUGAGAAGAAGACCUAUCAGUGCAUCAAGUGUCAGAUGGUUUUCUACAAUGAAUGGGAUAUUCAGGUGCAUGUUGCAAAUCACAUGAUUGAUGAAGGACUGAACCAUGAGUGCAAACUCUGCAGCCAGACCUUCGACUCGCCUGCCAAACUCCAGUGCCACCUGAUCGAGCACAGCUUCGAAGGGAUGGGCGGUACCUUCAAGUGUCCCGUCUGCUUUACAGUGUUUGUUCAAGCAAACAAGUUGCAGCAGCAUAUUUUCUCUGCCCAUGGACAAGAAGACAAGAUCUAUGACUGCACACAAUGUCCACAGAAGUUUUUCUUCCAAACAGAGCUGCAGUGACUCAAAGUACUGCGUGGAGGAGGGAAACAGUCACAUCCCAAAGAUCCUCAGAAGUGGUGAGGACAAGCCCUUGAGGACUGGAUCAGAAUCACCUGUUUGUUUUGUUUUCAAUGCAAAUAUGCCCAGUUGCCACCUUGAGAAUCACAGACAAUGGUGAGCCAGGACUGGGAGGCCUGACCUCACCCCCAGCUGAUCUGGAGAAAAAAAGAAAAAGAAGGACAAAAAGUGAUCUCAAUGGUAUACAGGUAUCUCUACACCGAGAGAACUUUCUGCCUUUACCAUGUUUCAUGCCAGGUUUCCCAUUUAGACGUGAUUUGUAUUACAGCUCUUUAGUUUUGUUGAAUCUUGAAUUUUGCAAGCCGUACCCUUGUCCUUCUCUCAGAUGAUAUAUAUUUUUUCUCUUUAUAUGCAAAGCAUACAUCCUUUAUAGUAGCAACUUCAAUCUGUUGCAAUAAGUGAUUCAUAUGUAUUUGUUCAUUUCUUUGCAGCUCCGAAGAGACUUGUAUGGCUUUGGUUUAGGAUGAAAGCAUCCAAGAAACAACUGUUGCCAACUAUUAUGGCCAACUUGUGUUAGGUUUUUGUUCCGCAGUAUCUUAAUAUAGGCACAUAGAAGAACACAGGAUAGAUUGCAGUAUAGCUUCCUUUAUUAACCACUAAAAUUCGAUUGAAUGUGGAAUGUCUAUAGUAAGCGCUUAAAUAUUUUUAAAUAAUGUUAUUAAACUGAUUUCUGUUUUUUACUUUAUGAUAAAAAGUAAUCACACAUCCUCCUGUCAACGUUCUACCAUUUAGAUAACUAUUGUCAUAGAUUCUUGUAUUUAUUUUCUUAAUUUUUUAAAUUAAAAAAAAAAGCACCUUUCUGUAAGAUCAGGCUUGACUCUUUGAGAUAGGAAAAUGCAUGAAAAAGUUUAGACAGACAGUGCACUUUGAGUAAUUGAACUUUUUUACUGUUUAUAACCUCUUUGAUCAUAAUUAUGUUGAUAUUUAAGGGGAUAGCAAUGUUUCUUAGUCUCAUCAGUAUUUUGAUUACCCUUUAUGUCUACGUGUUGGUGAAAAAUAAUUUGCAGAAGUAUUUAUUUAGAAUCAAUACAAAGAAAAAAAGAGUUGGCAUAAAACCGGUCUGCUCCUGUAUGUACUUUUAGGCGAGGACUACUAAAGAAAAAUUUAAAAUCCAGCUUGUCUUUUACUGAAUUAAUAAAAAUGGUAUGUUUUAAAUAAGGCUGAGUGAAAUAACAUCCUCAUUAUGUGCUGUCAAUCUUCUUACAAAAUGGGCUUAGUUUGAAAUAGGGAACGGAAGACCUGGGUCCUUUUCACAAGACUCAUGUCUCCUUCAUUGGUGCUCUUAGCCCCAGCUGGGCAACCCUGAGAGCCAAGCCUCUGGUCCUGCAUCCUUUACUCAUCGGGCAGGCAUUUUGCUAGUUUGGUGGGGGAUGAAAAGAUAACAAAGAUCUCUGAGACAAAGCCCUCUGUUGCAGACUUUCCAUAGCUCCUCUUUCCCUACAAGACAAAGCCUGAACUCCUUAGCCAGGUACAGAGGGCUCUUCAUAAUCUGGCCGCAAACUUCUCUCUGUCUUUAUUUCUCAUCAGCAUGCUUGGUUCUGGACACUUGAGAAGAUUCCAACCAAACUGAACACGUUGCAGGUCCACGAACAUACCUUGCAUAUUCUUCUUUGCCUUUACCCACGUGGGUCUUUGGCCUGGAAUGCCCGCCCUGCAUCCCAAAUGCCUCUUCAUUCAUAUUCAUUCAUAGUAUUCCAGCCUCAACUAAAAUGUCACGAGUUAUGUCCACUGCAAAGCCUUCCCCAAAGGCCAGGCAGGGUUAGGCGCGCAUGAUACUCCUAUGAUCAUUUCUAAUAUAAUCCCACCAGGUUGCUUUACCAUCAUGUGCCCACGUGACUUUCUUGAGACUGUGAACACUCUAAAGAUGUGAAGGCAGGGACCGUCCUUCUCCCGUCAGUGGCCCUUGCCUAGCUUGUCAGUCGUUCAAUUGGCCAGACCCGCUUUGCUGAGUGCUGCAGUCCUGGGGGCUAUGCCUGGUGGUGAUACCAGGAUGCAAGAGACGCUUGCAUCUCUUGAAUAAGUGAAUGAAGACCAAAAUUACAGACACAGGGAGAGAGCCGAAAUUGCAGAUAACCACAAGACCCCGGAUGCGUACGAUAUAAGCAGUAUAAAGCACAGUGGGAAAUCAGAGAAGGGGGAAAGCAGUUUUAGACGGGAUGAGCAUGAAGUGGUAGUAUUUUGUGGUAGACCUCAAGGUUCUGAUCAGAAGGGAUGGGGAAGGGGGUCGACUGGGAGAGGUGGGAGAACGAGGCUCAGGGGAGGCACAGCGGAGGGAAGGUGCACAUCAGGCCAUCUCCAGGCGUUUGCUCCGAAUGGAAGUCCCGUGGACCUGUGACCAUCCCCUGUGCAGGCCACAGGCCCAGGUCUGGGGCCCAGUGUUUACCCCCAGGACCUGGCUUGUAGUUAUAAGUUACCCAGGAAUCCCAGUUGCCGGCUCAAUUUGGAACCGGGAUGUUGGCUCAGAAAGGGGACAUGCUGUGUGGAUGGAGAGGAGGCCACCAGAAUACAACAAGGACGGCACCCGCUGGGGACGGGGGAGGUUGCAGGCUGCUGUGAUCUGCUCCUGCGCCAGGAUGGGACCCAGCACCAAGCCCACCCCAAGGAGAGGAACUGGAGAAGCUUCCUGUCCUCUCUGUCAGUUGUCGGCCAGGCUGUUCUUGCCCGUAAAGUCUAUAUUCAGGGACAGAUAGAGCCUCUGCUGUUAAGACGUUCACCUUCUAAGAGUGAGUAGAACAAAAGCAUCUGUAAUGAAUGGAAAUGAUGCACAGAUAAAUAUAACUGUUAAAAUAGUGCUACCCAGGCAUUUGAAAAGACGGUCGUAUCCUGAUAAGAAGAGAUGGUGGAAGGUAGGGCGGCGGUCUCCGGGGAAGCAAAACAGAGGCAGAGAAAGGGGAGACCCCUGGCCCCGCCCUUCCAUCCUGGCUCCCACUGGGGGAGGGGAGGAGCCGGUCCCAUGAGCACCGAUUCAUCUGGGUGCAGAAAUACAGUAUUUAGGUCAUUAUAAAUCAAUCAGCAUUUAUAGAUACUUGGUUUGAUGAAAAUACAAUCACUUAAGGUUUUUUUUUUCCCCCUCUUUCAUUACAGAAUCAUACGAUGACCCAACACAGCAGUUAGUGCAAGCACGGUCUCUCAAGGAGAAUGACUUUUGUGGCACAAAAAGGGAACAUAUUUUACUCUUUGCACGAAACUUUCAUUGUUAAUGUAUAUUAUUCAGAAACAUUGUAUUGUACCAUAAAACUUGUAUUAUCAAAACUGUUGGAUGUUCAUGUGUUUGAACUUUUGAGCACCGGAUAGACCCCCUGUAUAUAAAGUGUCUCACAUGUAUUAUGUCGUCUGAAACUAAAAUGGUCUUAUAAAGACAAGUGGACUUGGGCCCUAUUCAGGCAAGAUUUUUAAAAAAAAAUGUGAGCAAAAUGGCUUAAGAGAAAGUAUUUUCAAGGAAGACAGAUUAAAACAACCCUGUUACACAGGAGACUAUGUUUGGACUUCCUUUUCUUAACACUUAAGCCUAGAAUUUCUCUUUUGGUAUAUCAACAGUUAAACCCAAGACUAUUUUUUAUUGCUGAAGAUUCUUGCAAACCAUGAAGAGAUGUUCUCACAGAACCCCACAGCUGGAUAAGGCCCGUAUAUAUAUUUGUAAGCCUUGCAAUGUGACAGGUAGCAUCACUAUAUAUGCAAUAGUUGUUAUGUAGACUGUCAAAGAAUUUUUUUUUCCUGGAUACAUUUGAAGCUUUGAGUGUUCAAGGUUUUCCUUAAUGAUUUCACACAGCCAAAUUCUUGAAUCAGUUGAACUAACCUGUAUGUUACUGUUAUUAAUGUUUACUCUGCGGUCUGAACCUGGAGAUUACUGGAAUUGUUUUCCAAGAGGAAAUAAAUUCAGUUUACCAUUA